CGGAACUGAAAGUGCGAGAGGCAGUGGGAGUACCCGGGACGCUUUGACAGUGACACAAACAGAGAGCUGUUGCUGUAGCAGGAUAUAUUGGGGGCCCUGAGUAUCCUCAGCUCUGGGAAGGAAGGGGCCGGAGGUUUGGAAAGUGUUUGCAGUGCGAGAGUGAAUGCCACACCCCCUCCGGUACAGUAGAAGAGUACGCUGGAGUACUUCCCGUAUUGAGUUGAGGGGCACACGCACCAACAAGAGUAGACAUAGAGAUACUUAACACAACUAAGUGGACGCUAAGGAAUUGGAAUAGACUACCAGCUGUGUUGGAAUAUUUACGCGAGGCGACAGAGAGACUCCCAGCCGGAGGGGUAUGAGCGAUUGCAAAGUCUGCUGCUAGGGCUCCAGAUCAAAAUCUCUUCCUAAAAGUGUCUCGCACUUGGAAAGGGAAGUGUAGCCCGUGUCCAAUGCCCGCUAAUUGGAGGAACGUCCUGCAAAACUUGUCCACGGUAAUUUGUGUCCAUGAAAUAAUGUAAUGGCUUGCCUCAUGAUGACUGAAGUAGAUGGAACUGUACCUACUCCUGUUCACUCAAUUCGAGAUAUGAAUUCAAAUUCAGAUUUUCCAAAGCGGAGUGAGCAAGGAUUAAACAUAUACUUUUACCAUACUUCAGCAGAGACAGAUGGGGAUUACUUGGUAUUACCACCGGAAAAGUAUGUUGCUGAAGAGAUAUGUGUCAUGGCUUCAAAAGCUUGUGGGGUGACACCUGUUUACUACAACUUAUUUGCAUUAAUGGAUGAGCAAGACAGAAUAUGGUAUCCCCCAAACCAUACUUUUCAUGUUGACGAGACAACAAGGCAAAAAUUAAUGUUUCGAAUAAGGUUUUAUUUACCUCAUUGGUAUUGCAAUGGAACCAACCGAGCAAUUCGAUAUGGAGUUGCAAAAGGUGCAGAGAGUCCUGUUCUUGAUGAUGUUGUAAUGGCUUAUUUGUUUGCUCAGUGGCGAGAUGAUUUUGUUAAUGGCCGAAUAACAGUACCAAUCACACACGAAGCCCAAGAAGAAUGCCUGGGGAUGGCAGUUCUUGACAUGAUGCGCAUGGCCAGUGAAAAGGGGCAAAGUCCUCUGGCUGUUUACAAUUCUGUCAGUUAUAAGAAAUUUUUGCCAAAGUGUAUUCGAGCAAAAAUUCAAGACUACCACAUCUUGACAAGGAAGAGAAUUAGAUAUCGAUUUCGCAAAUUUAUUCAACAAUUUGGCCAGUGUAAAGCUACUGCCAGAGACUUAAAACUUAAGUAUCUGAUAAAUCUCGAGACCUUACAGUCGGCUUUCUACUCUGAAUGCUUUGAAGUAAAGGAGCCAGGCAGGGAUAAUUCGGGUGACGAAAAUUUUGCAACCAUUGUGGUAACUGGAAAUAGUGGAAUUCAGUUUACAAAAGGAAAGCCUAAAGAAUCAUUCGCUGACAUGGGUUUACAGACAUAUUGUGAUUUUCCUGAAAUAAUUGACAUCAGUAUUAAACAAGCGAAUAAAGAUGAUUCUACAGAGAGCAGAGUAGUCACAAUCAACAAACAAGAUAACAAGACUCUGGAGUUAGAAUUCUCCACGUUAAAAGAAGCCCUUUCAUUUGCUUCGCUUAUCGAUGGUUACUGCAGGCUAACAACAGAUGCGCACCAUUACCUUUGCAAAGAAGUUGUCUCUCCAAGGGUAUUGGAAGGAAUUCAAAGCUAUUGUCAUGGACCAGUUUCGAUGGAAUUCGCCAUUAAUAAGCUGAAAAAAGCAGGUAACCAGAGAGGCCUUUUCAUUCUUCGAUGCAGUCCAAAAGAAUUUAACAAGUAUUUCCUCACAUUUUCUAUCGAGCGUGAUGGUGUAAUGGAAUACAAGCACUGCUUGAUUACAAAAAAUGUCAAUGGAGAGUACAACUUAAGUGGAGCCAAGAAAAGUUUUGACACUCUGAAAGACUUAUUAAACUGUUACCAGAAAGAAACCGUUCGCUCUGAUGGAAUAAUAUUUCAGUUCAGCCGAUGCUGCCCACCAAAGCCCAAAGAAAAAUCAAGCCUGAUAAUCUUCAGGAGCAAUGAAGAUUCUGAGGUCUCUGCAUCACCCACCUUGCAGAGGAACAAUAAUGUCAAUCAGAUGGUGUUCCACAAAAUCAGAAGUGAAGAUCUGCAUUUUCUGGAAAAUCUUGGGCAGGGCACAUUUACCAAGAUAUUCAAUGGUAAACGAGAGGAGCUGGGAGACUAUAACAAGAUUCAUGUAACUGAAGUCCUUCUCAAGGUUUUGGACAAAACACAUAGAAGUUUUUCAGAGUCCUUCUUUGAGGCAGCAAGUAUGAUGAGUCAACUGUCAUACAAGCAUUUAAUUUUAAAUUAUGGAGUCUGUGUGUGUGGAGAUGAGAGCAUUCUGGUUCAAGAAUAUGCAAAACAUGGGUCACUUGACACAUACUUGAGGAGAAACAAAAAUGCAAUAAAUAUCAUGUGGAAAUUAGAAGUUUCAAAACAGUUGGCAUGGGCGAUGCACUUUCUCGAAGAUAGGAAUCUUGUGCACGGAAAUGUGUGUUCGAAGAACAUUCUUCUGAUCAGAGAAGAAGAUAAGAAGACUGGCAAUCCACCUUUUAUUAAACUUAGUGAUCCUGGAAUAAGCAUUACAGUCUUACCUAAAGAAAUUCUCUUGGAGAGAAUUCCGUGGGUUCCACCUGAGUGCAUUGACAAUCCAAAGCACCUUACUGUAGCAUCAGAUAAGUGGAGUUUUGGCACCACCUUAUGGGAAAUAUAUAGUGGUGGCGAUAAACCACUUAAUGCUCUUGAUAGCCAAAGAAAAUUGCAGUUUUAUGAAGAUAGACAUCAGCUUCCAGCACCAAAAUGGAUAGAGCUUGCAAAUUUAAUUAACAGCUGUAUGGACUAUGAACCGGAUUUUCGGCCUUCAUUCAGAGCGAUAAUAAGGGACUUUAAUAGCUUGUUUACUCCAGAUUAUGAGCUACUGGCAGAAACUGACUUGCUCCAAAACACGAGAAUAGGAACUUUUGGCUUCUCUGGAGGCUUUGAAGACAGAGAUCCUCCUUUUGAAGAAAGACAUCUAAAAUUCUUGCAGCAGCUCGGCAAGGGUAAUUUUGGAAGUGUUGAACUGUGCCGCUAUGACCCUCUACAAGACAAUACCGGUGAAGUUGUGGCAGUGAAAAAGUUGCAGCAUAGCACUGAGGAGUACAUGAGGGACUUUGAAAGAGAAAUUGAAAUUCUUAAAUCACUCCAACACGAUAACAUAGUGAUAUACAAAGGAGUGUGUUACAGCGCAGGUCGUCGAAAUCUUAGAUUGAUUAUGGAAUAUUUGCCCUAUGGAAGUUUACGAGACUAUUUACAAAAGCAUAAAGACAGAAUGGACUUCAAAAAGCUUUUACAAUAUUCAAGCCAAAUAUGCAAGGGAAUGGAAUAUCUCACCAUCAAAAGGUACAUUCACAGAGAUUUGGCAACAAGAAAUGUUUUAGUCGAGAAUGAGAAUAGAGUAAAAAUAGGGGAUUUUGGAUUGACUAAAGUACUGCCACAAGACAAAGAAUAUUACAAAGUCAAAGAACCUGGAGAAAGUCCAAUAUUCUGGUAUGCUCCUGAAUCUCUUACAGAAAGCAAAUUUUCUGUAGCGUCAGACGUGUGGAGCUUUGGAGUUGUUCUCUAUGAGUUGUUCACAUACAGUGAGAAAAACAAAAGCCCACCUUCGGAGUUCAUGAGAAUGAUUGGACAUGAUAAACAAGGACAGAUGAUUGUAUUUCAUUUGAUAGAAUUGCUAAAGAAUAAAGGAAGACUGCCUCAACCUGAAGGCUGCCCCGAUGAGAUUUACGGUAUAAUGAAUGAAUGCUGGAACAACAACCUCUGUCAGCGUCCCUCAUUUAAAGAGCUCACCGUUCAAGUUGAGAAGGCAAAGGAAAUCAUGGGAGCAUGAGCCUUGUGAGAUAUCAUUUUCAUUGAAUAGUCAAAAGUAUGUUCACAACCCAUUCUUUGCCAAAGGCCUGUGGAGUGUCAGGUUGCAGGUGCCUCUAGGGGAGAAACCCCUAAAUACAUUGUACAGUGUUUGCUACAAUUUGAAGACUGCAAAACAAACGAUUGUACAAUUAUGGAAACUUGAAUUUCUUUGGAUUACAGACAUAAAAACUUAUAAACUAUAAUGUUUAUGCAAGUCAUAUUGGCUUAAGGACUGUAAAUGGGCAAUUUGUAAACUAAACCUUCUUGGAGAGAUAAUUGUUUGUUAUAACGAGAAAAAAGAAGCUACAAAGAAGAUAGAGCAUUAUAAUUUCCUUCUUUUUUUUCUGUCAUUGUAAAAAUACAUUUGCCAUUGCCAGACAGCACAGAUUUGAACGCCUCUUGUUUGGUGAGAUCAAUCCUGAACGUUUUCUUAUCAAAAUGCAUAAAGAAUUUGUACAGCCAGUGUCAAAGGAUGGAUUACUUGCCACCAAGUUUGUGUUUAAAGGGCUUUUGUUGAACAUAGUAUAUACUGAACAUACAUAAAUUUAAAUAUAUUUUUCAUUCUGUAUAAAUGUGCAACGGAGCAAGAGCAAUUUUGGUACUUUUAUUAAUGAAACUCUGUCAAAUAUUUUGUAUCAAGUCAGUAACUUAAGGAAAUCUGUAAACUGUGCUUCAAUAUUUGUCUUGUAAAAAAUGCUAUGGGAUAAAGGGAUCAAAUAUUGA